AUGCUCGUCCGGGGGGACCCCAAGGCGUUCCCAGGCCAGCUGAGAGACAUAGUCCGACACGCGCACGGUCCGACACGCGCACGGUCCGACACGCGCACGGUCCAACACGCGCACGGUCCGACACGCGCACGGUCCGACACGCGCACGGUCCGACACGCGCACGGUCCGACACGCGCACGGUCCGACACGCGCACGGUCCGACACGCGCACGGUCCGACACGCGCACGGUCCGACACGCGCACGGUCCGACACGCGCACGGUCCGACACGCGCACGGUCCGACACGCGCACGGUCCGACACGCGCACGGUCCGACACGCGCACGGUCCGACACGCACACGGUCCGACACGCACACGGUCCGACCACGCACACGGUCCGACACGCACACGGUCCGACACGCACACGGUCCGACACGCACACGGUCCGACACGCACACGGUCCGACACGCACACGGUCCGACACGCACACGGUCCGACACGCACACGGUCCGACACGCACACGGUCCGACACGCACACGGUCCGACACGCACACGAUGCUGGAGAAGUACGCCCCUUUCCCCUUCUUGCUCCGUCUCGCGGACUGAAGAGCAGGCGCUUCACGGUCACCUACGUCGACCCCGAGCUAACCUCCCCCUGUGUUGCCACGGAAACGGAAGAGCCGUGA